AUGUUAUAUUAAGAUAAUAUUUAUCAAGAACAAAAUAAUAUUAUGUAAAAUAAUAUCAUCUUACUUCGAAUAUUCAAGACAAUAACACUCCAAUAUAAAAAACAUUACCCCUCCUUAAGAUUUUAACUUAAAACAAAAGAAAUCUGUUUGAUUAUAAAUUUUAUUGAUUUAAUAAAAUUAUUUAUUUUUUUCAAUCUUACUUAUAAAAUUAUGAUGAAUUAAACCUAAAGAAAUAGGUAUUUAUUUGUAAAUAUUUUAAAAUAGAGCAAACAGUCAAAAAGAUUAGAUAACAAAAAAAAACAUUCGAAAAUAUAGCUCUGACUAUAGUGAUUCUGAUGUUUCUGAUCUGGAAUGCUAAGUUAAAAAAAGAAUUGUGAAAAUUUGGACUCCUGAUGAAGAUGAAAUGUUACAGAAAUUUUAUGAAAAAUAUUAGGGUAAUUGGACUUAAAUUGCAUAAUCUAUACCUAAUAGAAAUCCAUCCUAAUGUUCCUAAAGAUGGAAGAGAAUUAAUCCAAAUAGAGUAAAUAUAAUUUACUAAUUAAAGAUAAGAUCAAGAAGAUAAUGGACAGAAGAAGAGGAUCAAAAAGUACUAAAUUUAAUUAAGAAAUUUGGAAAGAAUUGGAAAGCCAUUGAAAACCAUAUGUAUGGAAGAAAUGGAAAAUAAAUUAGAGAAAGAUUUAUAAAUAAAUUAGAUUAAACGAUUAAUCAUAACGCAUUUACAUUAGAAGAAGAUGAAAAGAUUGUAAAUUUAUAUUUAAACAUGGGUCCAAAAUGGAGUGAAAUAUCAAAAUUACUUAAAGGAAGACCUGUAAAUAUUUAUUACAAUUUAUAAAGGAAAAUAUGAUUAAAAAUAGAUUUUAUUCUCAUAUCAAAAAGCACUAUAACAUUUAAUAAUAGAAUUCAGAGUUUGAUGAAAAUGUUAUACUUAAUAAUCAAUUUGAAUCUAAUAGUUCACAAUUAGAUUAAUAAAAAUAAGAUGAAUAAAAAUUAGAAACAAUUCAUAGUUAAUUUGAAUUAGAAGGUUCAUUCUUUUCUAAUUUAAUAAAUAAUAAUCAUAUACUAUUACCUUAAUUUAAAAGUUUAAUACAAGGAGGUAUAUAAGAUAUUUAAAUUAGAAUCUUUAAUUUCGAAUGCUGAAUCAAUAAUAAAUAAACAAGAAAUAAGCAUGGAACAAAAAUAAAUUUACAGAAUGGAUACUUCUGGAGUAGGGUCUCAUAUUUAUUAAGAUAUUUCAAUGCCUCAUUCUGAUAUUUAUGAAGAAUUAGAUUCAAGCAUUAAAAAAACGCCAUAAUAUAUAAAAACUGAUAGUGAUAAUGAAGAAAAACAAAAUUAAUUAUAAGAUCAAAUUAUAAAAAUGAGUAUAGAAUAAGACUGA